CGGCGAAGCCACCCUGACCGCGGAAAGCUGAGUCCUUGGCGCCCGUCUCACCCGGUCUCCUUUCUUUACAAUCAGCGAAAAAUAAACACCCGGGAAGAAAUCUGCUGGCAUUGUGGGACCGCUGCAAGGCUGCCGAACGCCAACUUGCUUCUCGCGUCCUGGGCAGGUCUGGGGCAGUUGGCAGCUCUGACCUACCACCAUGGAUGGAGACGGACUUUUUGAUGAAGAAAGCCAAACAGUCGACGCCAGCCCGGGUGAUUUGGCUGUCAGAGGUUUUGACAAAAUCCACCCUGUUCCCUCCAGGGAAUCCAAAUGAGGGAGAUUCCAGACACCUUCACUGGGAAGCCAAGGACAUUUCUGUAUAAUCAGUGGAUGAAGGGAUUUUCUCAGACUCUUUUUUUUAACCCUUUUCUUUGAGGAUUAAUCCACCACAAUCUACACUUCAGUGGAAACCGCAGUGCACACGAUGUGGCAGAAGCCUAAAGCCCCUUCUGAAUUGGUGUGGACCCUUCCUUUAGCAUAGGGAAGUUUCACACAGGCUGCCCCCUCUAUCCCCCUCCUGCUGAUGUCUUCUCUUUAACCUGUUUCCUCUUCUUAGUUAAAUUCUUUUUCCAAAACCAUCCUCUGGAGCUAUAAGUGGGUCAUCAGAAAUGAGAGAUUAAGAAAGGAGAGAUUAAGCCCUGGGAGAAGAGGAAGUGCCCUGUGUUGUGUCUCUUCUCAGCUGCCGACAUGAAGUGCUUUUUCCUGGUGCUGAGCUGUCUGGUGGCGCUGGGUGUGGUGUCUGCACAACGGCAGGUUUCCGUCCAGGAAGGACCGCUGUACCGCACGGAGGGUUCCAACAUCACCAUCUGGUGCAACGUGAGUGGCUACCAGGGACCCUCGGAGCAGAACUUCCAGUGGUCCAUUUACUUGCCCUCCGCCCCCAAGCGUGAGGUGCAGAUCGUCAGCACCAUGGACUCUUCCUUCCCUUACGCCAUCUACACCCAGCGCGUCCACAGCGGCAAGAUCUACGUGGAGAGAAUCCAGGGCAGCUUGGCCUUGCUGCACAUCACGGAUCUCCAGGCUCGCGAUGCAGGGGAGUACGAAUGCUACACGCCCAACACCGAUGGGCCGUAUUUUGGGAGUUACAGCGCCAAGAUGAACCUAGUUGUGAUUCCUGACUCCCUUCAGACCACCGCCAUGCCCCAGACCCUGCACAAAGUGGAGCAGGACCCCCUGGAGCUCAGCUGCGAGGUGGCCACAGAGACCUUCCAGCACAGCCACCUGUCUGUGGCCUGGCUCCGGCAGAGAGGCAGUGAGAAACCCGUGGAGGUCAUUUCCCUGAGCCGAGAUUUUGUGCUUCAGUCCAGCAGCGAAUAUGCCCAGAGGCAGAGCCUGGGAGAGGUGCGGUUGGACAAGCUGGGCAGGACCACCUUCCGCCUCACCAUCUUCCACCUGCAGCCUUCCGACCAGGGCGAGUUCUACUGCGAGGCCGCCGAGUGGAUCCAGGACCCGGACGGGUCAUGGUAUGCCAUGACCACAAAGCGCUCCGAGGGGACCAUGGUCAACGUCCAGCCCACGGACAAAGAGUUUGCUGUUCGGCUGGAAACAGAGAAGCGGCUGUAUACGGCGGGUGAGCCGGCAGAGUUCAGAUGCAUCCUCGAGGCUCAGAACAUUCCUGACCGUUACUUCGCCAUCUCCUGGGCCUUCAACAGCUCUCUCAUUGCCAGUGUGGGGCCGAACGCCGUGCCUGUCCUCAACAGCGAGUUUACCCAUCGGGAAGCCAAGGGACAGCUUAAAGUCGCCAAAGAGGGUGACGGCGUCUUUGUGCUGAAGAUCUACCACCUCCGCCAGGAAGACAGUGGGAAAUACAAUUGCCGCGUGACAGAGCGAGAAAAGACAGUCACCGGGGAAUUCAUUGACAAGGAGAGCAAGCGGCCAAAGAACAUCCCCAUCAUGGUCCUCCCCCUCACAGAUAACUGGGUAGUUAAAGUCCCCCAGCACCACCAGCUCCUGCCCCAAGGCCACUUGGAAAGCAGCAUCUCGGUGGAGGUGGCAAGCAACGCCAGCGCCAUCCUUGAGGGCGAGAACCUGCACUUCUCCUGCAGCGUCCGCACGGCAGGCCAGCAGCAGGGCCGCUUCUCGGUCAUCUGGCAGCUCGUGGACAGGCAGAACCACCGCAGUAAUAUCAUGUGGCUUGACCGGGACGGCACCGUGCAGCCCGGCGCAUCCUACUGGGAGCGCAGCAGUUUCGGGGGCGUCCAGCUGGAGCAGGUGCAGCGCAACUCGUUCAGCCUGGGCAUCUUCAACAGCAGGAAGGAGGACGAGGGCCAGUACGAAUGCCACGUGACUGAAUGGGUGCAGGCAGUGGACGGCGAGUGGCAGGUCGUGGGUGAGCGCCGGGCCAGUACACCCGUCUCCAUCACAGCUCUUGAAACAGGCUUUGCGGUCACAGCCAUCUCACGCACACCGGGAGUGACCUACAGCGAUUCUUUCGACUUGCAGUGCAUCAUCAAGCCUCACUACCCGGCCCGGGUCCCUGUGUCAGUGACGUGGCGCUUCCAGCCGGUGGGCACCAUCGAGUUCCAUGACCUGGUGACCUUCACCCGGGACGGAGGGGUCCAGUGGGGAGACAGGUCCUCCAGCUUCCGAACCCGCACCGCCAUCGAGAAGGCUGAAUUCAGCAACAACGUCCGCCUGAGCAUCAGCCGGGCCAGUGACACAGAAGCGGGCAAGUACCAGUGUGUGGCUGAACUGUGGCGAAAGAACUACAACAACUCCUGGACACGGCUGGCGGAGAGAACCUCCAACCUGCUGGAGAUCAGAGUGCUGCAGCCAGUGACAAAGCUGCAGGUGAGCAAAUCAAAGAGGACCCUCACGCUGGUGGAAAACAAGCCUAUUCAGCUGAACUGCUCAGUCAAGUCCCAGACGAGCCAGAACUCCCACUUCGCUGUGCUCUGGUACGUCCACAAGCCCUCGGAUGCUGAUGGCAAGCUCAUCCUCAAGACCACCCACAACUCUGCCUUUGAGUACGGCACCUACGCUGAGGAGGAGGGCCUGAGAGGGCGGCUCCAGUUUGAGAGGCACGUGUCCGGGGGCCUGUUCAGCCUCACCGUCCAGAGAGCCGAGGUCAGUGACAGUGGCAGCUACUAUUGCCACGUGGAGGAAUGGCUGCUGAGCCCCAACUAUGCCUGGUAUAAGCUGGCAGAGGAGGUGUCGGGGCGCACGGAAGUCACCGUCAAGCAGCCAGACAGCCGCCUGAAGCUCAGCCAAGCCCAGGGGAACCUGUCGGUUCUGGAGACCCAGCAGGUGCAGCUGGAGUGUGUGGUCCUGAACCGCACCAGUGCAGCCUCCCAGCUCAAGGUGGAGUGGUUUGUGUGGAAGCCCAACCACCCAGAGAGGGAGGCGGUCGCUCACCUGAGCCGGGACGCCACCUUCCACUACGGAGAGCAGGCAGCCAAAAACAACCUGAAGGGGCGGCUGCAUCUGGAAAGUCCUUCCUCUGGCGUGUACCGGCUCUUUAUCCAGAACGUGGCUGUGCAGGACAGUGGGACUUACAGCUGCCACGUGGAGGAGUGGCUGCCCAGCCCCAGUGGCAUGUGGUAUAAACGGGCGGAGGACACGUCUGGGCAGACAGCUGUUACAGUGGUGAGACCAGAUGCUGCCCUACAGGUGGACACGGUGGUCCCCAACACCACGGUGUCUGAGAAGGCCACCUUCCAUCUGGACUGCAGCAUCGCCUCUCGUUCGAGCCAGGACUCCCGCUUUGCUGUGGCCUGGUAUUCCCUGAGGACUAAAGCUGGAGGGAAAGGGGGCAAUCCCGGUCAGGAAGCAGAAGAAGAAGAAAAGAGGGAAGAGGAGGAGGAGGUGGAGGCGGAGGAGGUGGAAGAGGACCUCACGGAGCGCACGGCCCUGCUGAGUGUGGGCCCAGACGCUGUCUUUGGCCCCGAGGGCAGCCCCUGGGAGGGCAGGCUGCGCUUCCAGAGGCUCUCCCCGGUGCUCUACCGGCUCACCGUGCUGGAGGCGAGCCCCCGGGACACCGGCAACUACUCCUGCCGCGUGGAGGAGUGGCUGCCCAGCCCGCAGAAGGAGUGGUACCGCCUGACUGAGGAGGAGUCGGCCCCCAUUAGCAUCCGUGUUCUGGACACAAGUUCCACCCUCCAGUCCAUCAUCUGCUCCAAUGAUGCACUCUUCUACUUUGUCUUCUUCUACCCUUUUCCCAUCUUUGGUAUCCUCAUCAUCACCAUACUUCUGGUGCGCUUCAAGAGCCGGAACUCCAGCAAGAACUCUGAAGGGAAGAAUGGGGUGCCCCUGUUGUGGAUCAAAGAACCGCACCUUAAUUACUCCCCGACUUGCCUGGAGCCCCCUGUGCUCAGUAUCCACCCAGGAGUCAUAGACUAAGGGGUGUAUCCCAAUGGACGUUGGCCAUGGAGGAGCUGGGGCUCGUCCUCACUGCCUCUUUCUCUGUGAUUGGACAGUUGACAGCACCCCAAACUCUGGAGUGCCCUCGCUGGAAAUUGCCAGACUUGAGAGUUUUAAAAGUUCCCAGUCAGUCAAAGAGACAAACUGCCAUUAGCUGGCACCCAGCGGAUAGGCCUGUGCUAUCUUUCUCUUGGUUGGUUAGCUGUUCAUGCACAGAUGUGAUCCUGCCGUUAUAGGUUUCUUGUUUUUGUUUUUGGUAAUGUAGUGAGUAGCUCCAGGUGCCACAUCUACUCACUGAUUUAUAUAGUAUUCUCAGAUAGAUGUUUCAGGGUUCUUAUUCUUUGUAUUGUUCUCUUUUUAAAUCCCCUUUGGUUUACCCUUUUUGGAUUUCAUAAUUUUGUGGACAAAUUUUUCUUACAAGAUUGCAAAAGGAAGGAUGAACUUUCUAGCAACAAGGAAUCGCUUCCAAGACUUUCUUUUUUUGCACACUUGAAUACGCCACCCAUGGAUCAAAAUACACCCAAACAUUUUUUUACUUUCUUAAUGAGACUUGAAAAUGUGUGUAGUAUGGGCCCAAUUUGUAUUUUAUCUUUUCCCUCAGCUGGAGUUGUUAAAACCACUUUGUAGUCAAGAUGAAAGCAUUGAAUUUUGCUUCAAAGAACUAUGUGUGUUGAAGAGAAAUCUUACAUAGCCUCAUUAGAAGUAGAUGGUGCCCGGCCAGCCUGUCUGUCAGGGAGGCAGAAAAAGGCUGCAUCCCAACCUUGCCAAAAAAUGAGAAAACUUGCUCAAAGAACAGGUCAGAAGCUCCAAACAGCAAACAUUUUCCAAGGUAAUGUGUGCACACUGCUUUUCCCAGCUGCUUUCAGCAACUGCUGGCUUUCAGAUUGAUCAAAGCCAGUGAUUACAGAAGGAAAGAAAAAAGGCUGGGUGUUGGUUUGAUUUGUUCUGCAAGGGCGGUCUUGAACUGGUAACAUUGUGCAGGUGGGCUUUUGCCUUAAGGUGCUUUGCCAAACUUUUAAGGGAGAGGAUCUGGUCACCUGGAAGUGGGAUAGCAUGGAGCUGAGCACAUGGGGCCAAAACUGUACACCCAGUGGAGGGCACUGGGGAUGGCCAACAGCUAGUUUAGUGAAGAGUGGGAUGGUGAGGGGUGGGAAGGGGCUUUCUAGGAUCUUACAUUGGAGAGUGGGGAAGAAGAAUAAACUACCUGGAAGUAUGAAGACAGGUUUUUCUUUCUCCUAAUUAGAUUUUCCUCAUGGAGACUGACAUCUGCCUUAUUCACCAUUUAUCUCUUCCUACGUCUCACUCACUGCCAUAAGAAUAUCAGACAAGGGGAAGUCCAAACGCUGCCCCUUUGUAAUCCUUUUGGCUUACCUAGUCACAGCAGAAAGUGAUCACAUGCCUUCCCUGCCUUGGCUCUUGCAUGUGCUUUGGGGUUAUUUGAUUCUUCAUUGCAAUGGUGGCUUUUUAUUUUAGUGCCCCUUAAAUCCAACAAGGCCAGUGCCAUCCCUGCUAUUUUACACUAUUGGGCAAGAUGCUUGGCUACCUGGGAGCAUCAUCAGUUGCGAAUAUUUUCUUUCGCUCACCCCAUGGAGGUGCUUUUAUGCCCUUUGUUUUCCCAUAUCUUGCUGGUCAAUACUGCCAUCCCCCUUUCUCUUUAAGCUUGCAUCUUGAAUAUCCUGUCUAAUAAGAGAGAUUCCAGAGAAACCCUGCCCUGAAAAUGAACAGGCUCCAGGGGAGGCUGUGGGAUUGCUCGAGUUGUGUGGGUUCUGGCCUUUGUCAGGGGUCUGCAGUGUGCAAGCAGCUUGGGGUACUCAAGGGAGCUUUGCUGAGCCACAGCUGAGGGGAAGCCGGGUGACUGUCCAGCCCCUUUUGACAGGCUUACAUAGACCUACCUUUAUAAACUCCCAAAUACAAAUAUUUAUUGUCAUUUAUUAUGCUGCAGCAACACUUCAGAAGUACAAAAUAGGCUUAGUCAUGAGGAAAGAACGCAGGUUUUGGCCUCAUUUCAUUUCAGGGGUGUGGGCUUCCAGUGAGAGAACGCUGACUCCUGCUGUAUAGACUGAGUCAGGGAGGAAGGUGACUUUUCCUCUGUCUGAAUGAAAGCAGCCCCAGGACUGGAUGCGACUAGGAUGUGUAGCUAAGAUUUGAAUUUGUACUGGUUCACAGUUGUAGAAAAGUAGUUACUGCACAUAAUUGAAUAUGUGAAGUAGUUGCAGGAUAUUUGAAAGGAAAAAAGAAACCGAAAUCAGUAUUUUAAUAGUUGUUUUGUUUUUCUGUGUAUUUUCUGUUGGGCUGGGGGUAUGGUCAACAGUUGAGCUUUUCUGGCUUGCUAUGAAAAACCCCAGGACCUUCUUUCUUGGCCAUUUCUAUGGAAAUGUCGAGUGUCUGAUGAAUGGGCAUGGUGCCCUCUAGUGGCCAUGAGACGUCAUUGCACACUGCCUCCCAGAACUUUCAUCCUCUGGGGCAAAGAGAGGAAAACUGCUGAAUACACUCUUGACUGAUCUAUGUCUACAAUGUUGCAUUUAUAAGAAACUACACUGUGCUAGGCCCAUUCCAGGACAUGGAUAUGACCACACCCUCUUUCACUAGGGUGUUUCUGUAACAAAUUUUCAUAUUCUUUUCGAACAAUGGUUUCUCUGCGUUAAUUGUUGAAGAAAGAGAUGGGGUAAGAAAAUUACCCAUGCAUGAUGUAGAGAGCUGUUGAUUUGUUUUGGGUUUCAUUUUUGUUUUUUAAAAAACUUUGUAAGAUGUUGCACUAAAAUGUUUUAUAUACACUUCAGAGACCUGUAGUAAAUUAUGUUGAAAA